UGUUGUUUACCUCCGUCAUUGCAGGCGGCCAAGGCUUUCAAGCGCUUUUUACCUCUCUUCGAUCGCAUUCUUGUGCAACGCUUUGAGGCGACUUCAACCACAAAAGGGGGAAUUAUGCUUCCAGACAAGUCUAAAGGAAAGGUUUUGGAAGCGACUGUGGUUGCUGCCGGUCCAGGCCGCGUUACCGAGCACGGUACUACUGUACCGCUCAGCGUUAAGGUCGGUGACAAUGUUUUUCUUCCCGAAUACGGAGGUACUAAAGUUGUUUUGGAAGAGAAGGAGUAUUAUCUCUUUCGUGAGUCGGACAUCUUGGCGAAAAUACAGGAAUGA